GCUUUUCAUAUCUUCCUACUUACCCAUCCCUCAUCAUCUCUCUAAGCUCCAUUUUUAAUAGUGAAUUUGUACUGAAAAUAUCUUGAGCUUAUUACACUUAACUCCUCAACAAAGAAAUGGCAGAUAAACGGUUGUUUGAUGACUCGGAUUCCGACCCGAACCAACAAAAUUACAAACCCAUGAGAUCUACUACUAGACCUUCUUUUGCUUCUGUCAUUAAAGAAGUGGUGAUGGUGAAUUUCUUAGACAACGUCUCUUCUGCCUUGGAACCUAUGCUCCGUCGAGUGGUUCAUGAAGAGGUGGAAGAUGGACUGAAACGUUACUCAUGUCGUUCCAUAUCUCGAUCUCCUUCACUAAGAAUCAAAGCAUUAGAACCAUCAAAUCUUCGCUUAAUUUUCAACAAAAACCUCUCUCUAACAAUAUUCACAGGUACCAAAAUCGCCACCAACGACGGCCAAAAUCUCCAAAUUCUAUUGGUCGAUACAAGUGGUGAAGGCAUGGUUCCGACAACCUUACCUUAUCCAAUCAAAAUAGAAAUCGUCGUACUCGACGGAGAUUUUAAUGAAACCAAUUGGUCACACGAUGAAUUCAACAAAAACAUCAUAAAGGAGAGAACUGGAAAGAGGCCAUUGCUUGCUGGUGAACUUAAUUUUACGAUGCGAGAUGGUGUUGUUUCUGUUUCUGUUGGAGAAAUUGAAUUUACUGAUAAUUCGAGCUGGAUUCGAGGCAGGAAAUUUAGAAUUGGCGCAAAAGUGGUUAAAAUUGGAAACGGUCAAACUGGUGUGAGAAUAGCAGAAGCUAUUACUGAAUCUUUUAUGGUUAAAGAUCACCGCGGAGAAUUGUACAAAAAACAUUAUCCACCAGCACUAGGAGAUGAUGUGUGGCGUCUUGAAAAGAUUGGAAAAGAUGGAACUUUUCACAACAAGCUGCGUUCAAAUGACAUCAACACUGUACAAGAUUUCUUGAAGUUGGCCACUAUUGACACACCAAAGCUUAGAAAGAUACUGGGAAGUGGGAUGUCAGAGAAAAUGUGGGAAGUGACAUACAAGCAUGCAAAAACUUGUGAGCAGGGCUCUAAGUUAUAUAUGGCCCGUGGAGCAACCUACCUCCUCAUCCUUAGUCCAAUUUGUCAAGUUGUUAAGGCAAUUGUUGAUGGACAGAUUUAUCCUACUCGUGAAUUAACGGGAAUACAAAAGGCCCAUAUCCAGAAUUUGGUAAAGGAUGCUUACGCCAAUUGGAGUUCUUUAGAGGAAGUUGAUGGUCUAGUGAAUGAGCCAGCACUACUAACUCAAGGAGAACCAAUAAUGGAUCAGUAUCCCAACGCUCAACAUCAGCAGCAACCCAUGCUAAGAUCCUAUCAGGGAAACACAGUUUUGACAGAUGCAUCUGAACAAUUAGUUGAAUACAAUGACUGGAUUAAUGUUGAUCCUAACUUCAUUUGCACUCCUGCUGAUACUAAUGGUGGUUAUUACUUUUCAGGAGGAUUUUCUAAUAGAGAAUUGCGUUAACUUUAUACCGUCAGUGUAUAGAAGUUAAUAAAAAUUUAUGCAUCACGUUCAUGUAAAUAUUGUGUAGGAACAAAGUUUGCCCAAUAAGGGGCUAAAAUUUGUUGUAGAAGUUGCGCCACCCCUUUUUGUAAAAGAUGCGUGGCUUGGCAAUCGAAUGUGGAAGUCUGUUUCAAUUUCUUUUUCUUUUUAAAAUCCAAAUUUGGAUUGUCUGUUGUAGCGAGCGAUUGUUCAUUUAAAUUGAAAGAACAAAUUAAUGCAAA